CCAUAACGUACUCUAUUCUGAACAAUUGUACGCAGUUCUGUCUAGCGGCUAUUAUAGAUACACACUCUUGCUGCAUGGCUAUUUUAACCACUUUGGUCUUGGGCCUCCUAGUUCUACAUCAUCAUAACAUAUGUUGGUAAACUUAAGUUCGAGUCUCAGUUGGUAAACUUAAGUUCGAGUCUCAGUGGAAAGAAUUACACCUUUGUACUGCGGUAUAUAGAACCCGAAAACCUCGGCAUGGAAUUCGAUACAAAUGGUUGUUUCCUCGUCCUGUUUUCAUUCACCGCCAAUCUGAUGUGGGGAUGUGUCGCCAAAAGUCUGGGCAUUUUGUUGCCGACGCUGACGGACCAAUUCACCACGUGCAUCUGGAUCAUUGGCAUUAUUGCCUCGCUGAUGGGAAUAGCGUCAAAUUUUGGAGGUCUUCUAACAUUGCCGUUGGAUGAAAGAUUCAGCUGUCGACAUUUGUUAAUCGUCACCAGCGCAGUGGAAAGCAUAGGAUUGUUGUUGUUUUCUCUGUCAAGAACCACCAUUCACAUUGCUCUGGCAUUGGCAGUCAUGGUGGGACCAAACGUUGGAAUUAUCAUGGUUCUGAACAAAGUCUUACUAGGACGCCACUUCCGUGAGCGAUUCACUUUGGCCUGUGGGAUUGGCCAUGCUGGGCAAGCGUUUUCCCUUCUUGUUUUUGCACCGAUGACGCAGCUUUUCCUUGACACAUAUGGCUGGAGAGGAGCGGCGCUGCUUAUUGCUGGAAUCAGUAUGCAUCAAAUAUCAAGUGCUGCCCUAGUCAGAGUCAGCAAAGCACAGUACGAGCCUCUUAUGGAUAGCUCAGAAGCCUCAGAUAACCACCAGGAUAGCAUCGACAAGAGUUGUAAAGCGUCUGUUAUUCAUCUCUUAAAAGCUGUAGAUCUGGGAAUACUGUUGGAGUUCAAGUUUUGGAUUGCGUUCAUGUGUCGUUUCGGAGUGUCCUUUGCCUUCAAUGCUUGGAUGCUGUAUUACGUUCCUCAUCUAGAAGUCAAGGGCUUCCCGCCCCAAGUGGCAGCUGCUCUUUGCUCGGCAGCUGCCGUCGGAUAUUUCCUUGGGUCUAUAUUCUGGGCACGUUUCAUCGACCAAGGCAUCAUGAAAUGCUCAACAGCGAUCAUCGUCAGCAGCUUAUGUCUGACUAUGUCGUUUGUUGUAGAUCCCUGGGUGAAUGACAUCCCUAGCUAUGCCGUCGUCACCUUCAUCUGUGGGUUGUUUACCGCCGCUUUGUACACACUCCAGGACGUCUUGACUAGAGACAUCUAUGAAAUGGAUCGACUUGUGAGCGCCUUCGUAUGGGGUCAGGUCUUCCUCUUCGUACCCGGACUUCUUGCUGGUUUCGUACCUGGCUUGAUAUACGAAGCAAGAGGAAGCUACGACAUGGCGUUUAUCGUGAUUGGCCUGGUACCAACUAUCUGCCUCUUACCGCUCAUUAUUGGGCUACUGCUGAAGACGGUGGAGGGCUUGUGAUGGGCUGUUACCAGUGUCUCCUCCUCGGACAGAGUAUACAGAUAUUUCCAGUGUCGAUCCGGUGAACUGGUGUACUUAUACAUGUAUAUGCUGAUUACUGUUUGUUGCUAUUCAUUUAUAUAUUUGUUUAUUUAUUUAUUUAUUUCAUUUACUUUUUUUGGGGGGGGGGGAGAUGGGGUGUUGAUGCAUAGCACCGACGAACGCGCCUCGAUCCCCUCGACAGGCCAAAUUUCAUGGCACACGAUUUUCUGCUAAUAUUGAGCACUCAGGUCUUCCGGUCUGAUUAACGUGUUGCCAUGACCCAUUAUUGCUACUGCGUCAAUCUUGGUUUUAUUGGUGUUUAUUGUCACAAGUGAUUAUUUAAUUCAUUAGGUAUUUCGUAAAGUCAGCCGUAACAGUUCUUGUUUUCGUUAAAAUUUGCCCCCCCCCGAGACUCUUCUCUGAAGGUUUUUUACACGUUUUUCUUCAAAAAGUUUCUGAACUUUCUACCAGCAACGCCCAGACCACAUGUAUUCCAACCUCCUGAAUCUGUGGUCUCUGAUCUCGCCUGCGAUCCCCCGUCUCUGGGUAAAGUUUUAUUCGCUAUUCGCAAUUCAUACAUACCUAAGACAGUUUACGCAUUUCUAUUGGUCGAAAGCUCGUCAUGUGGCCGGUCUUAAACGGAUAA